AUGAGGCAUCUCCUCCAGUACUUGGGCUGUUCCUGUGCCUUUUUCUCGGCGGGCUUCCUCAUUGCGGCCACCUGGACAGAUUGCUGGAUGGUGAACACGGAUGACUCCCUGGAGCUGAGCGCCACGUGCCGUGGCCUGUGGUGGGAAUGUGUCACCAAUGCCUUCGAUGGGAUAACGACCUGUGAUGAAUACGAUUCCAUUUUCGCCGAGCACCCAGUGAAGCUGCUCCUGACACGGGUUCUGCUGAUCACCGCCGACCUCCUGGCCGGGUUUGGAUUUGCGUUCCUCCUCCUGGGCCUGGACUGUGUGAAAUUCCUCCCGGACGAACCCAGCAUCAAAAACCGCAUCUGCCUUGUCUCUGGGCUGGCACUCUUAACAGGAGGUAUCCCUGGGCUGAUUGGCUCCGCCUGGUAUGCCGUUGGGGUCUAUGUGGAGCGUUCCACCCUGGUCUUGCACAACAUCUUUGUGGGGAUCCAGUAUAAAUUUGGCUGGUCGUGCUGGCUUGGGCUCAGCGGCUCAGUGGGGUGCUUCCUGGCCGGUUCCUUCUUAACCUGCUGCAUGCGCCUCUUCCGAGGCGCGAGUUCGGAGAGGGGCCUCUGUCCUGGCCCUUUACAAGCGGUUCAUCUGCCACCUUCUGGGACCAUCCCGUACGAUCUGUCCUCGCAGACAGCCACGGCCAAGAUGUACGUGAAGGACACGCGUGUGUGAGGAAGAGGAGGGGGCACGGGGGGAGAG